AUGGCUGGAUCUCUUCUUGGCUGUCCAUUUUCAGGCCAGAGAACUGAAGGCCAGUAUUGUUACAGCGAUGAUAUUUUGCGGCAUGGUGGUGCAAAUUGGGCAGACUCAGGAGGGAAUCUGUUGUGCAGUGUUGGUGUGAGACUCCUUGGGAAGAUAUUAUUGAAUUUCAGUUUCUACAAGUGGGCCCAUGAUAUUGAUUACAUAUGGGUUUUGGUAUCGAAGCUGAGAGAUCGAAUCGAACCGGAUGAGAUUACGUAUGGGUUUUUGAUUGAUGGGUUUUGUGAGAUUGGUGAUUUGGUGGAGGCCUGCAAGGUUUGGAAUCGAAUGGUGGAGGAAGGACUCGAGCCGGAUGUUGCUUCCUACGAGAAGAUUAUAGAGGCAUUUUUCAAAUGUGAUAGGAUUUCUGAUGCGAUGCAGAUGUUCAGAUCUGUAAAGAUGGAGAGAUUUCAUGACGUGGGUAUCUCUUUAUAUAGGCUUUUGAUCACGUGGUUGUGUAGAAAAGGGAAGGUGGAUGAAACAUACAUGGUGUUCGACGAAAUGCUCAAGAGAGGGAUAAGUGCUGAUAAUCCAACAUUAGCUGCUUUGGUUUAUGGGCUUUUGUGUAAAGGGAGGGUUAGAGAGGGCUAUAAGAUUGUGGAGGGGAUAAAAGAGCCUGAUGUGGGUGUUUACCAUGGGCUGAUCAAGGGUCUGUUGAAGCUUAGGAAGGCAAAGGAAGCCACCCAAGUGUUUAGAGAAAUGCCUGAGAGAGGGUGUGAGCCCACCAUGCACACAUACAUCAUGCUCUUGCAGGGGCAUUUAGGGAAGGGAGGGAGGAAGGGCCCACAUCCAUCAGUGAAUUUUGAGAGUAUAUUUGUUGGUGGGUUGGUGAAGGUUGGGAAAUCACUGGAGGCUACAAAGUAUCUGGAGAGGAUGAUGGACGGUGGCGGCAGAGUUGAGGUGCCAAGGUUCAACUACAACAGGUUCUUGCAUUGCUUCUCGAAUGAAGAAGGGGUUGUCAUGUUUGAGGAGGUGGGGAAGAGGUUGAAGGAGGUGGGGUUGGUUGAUCUGGCUGAUAUUUUGGUGAGGUAUGGGGAGAAGAUGGCAACUAGAGAGAGGAGGCGAGCGGCGGUCCACAUCUACGGUUAGGCCAUGUAGAUUAGUUUUGAAUAGAGGUUUCAGAGUGUGACUCCCUUGGAAAUUGAAACCGGUAUAACUCACCCCGACUAUUCCCAUUACGGUCCCAUUUCAAUCUGGUGACUCGUUUUGUUGCCCACUGAACCGAGACCAACUUAGCCGAGUUAACUCAGUUUCCCAAUGUCAGCAGUGGGGUCAUGUAGAAUGGUUCUAAACAGCAGUUUCGGAGUGUGAGUUGGACAUUGAAACCAGUACUUUUGUCGCCCGCUGGAUCCGGACCAACUUGGCUGAGUUAAAUUGGCUUCCAGAUGUCGGUAGUGCAGUCAUGUGGAAUGGUUUUAAACAGCGGUUUUGGAGGGUUUAAGGUAGCAGUUUCGGAAUGGUGACUUGCUUGGAGAUUGAAACUGGUAUGCGUUGCCCCGGCUCCUUCCAUUUCGGUCCCAUUUCGAUUUGGCCGCUCAUUUCAUUGCGUGGCGAAUCGAAACCAGCUUGACCGAGUUAACUCAGUUUCAGAUAAUAUUUAGAACCAUUUGUCUCCUCUCUUGAUCAUAGCUUUGUGCGUAUAUUGUACAACAAAUAUCAAUACAUUAUUAAGUAAAUCUCUAUUAUCCAUUUUGAUGCACA